AUGUUCACGCUCAAGAAGGAGAACCCCUUCGCCAGCCCCGAGCCCUUUCAUGACGAGAUACGCGGGGGAGCUGGCAGCAGCAGCCGCAGCAAUGGGACAACAACCGCCAAUGGAACAGAUCCUGCGAGCUGGGAGGCGCGUCUGAAUGCCAGGGACGAGGCUCUCAAGAAGAGGGAGCAGGUUGUGGCUGAGGCGGAAGGGCGCAUCGGGCGCAAGAACUGGCCGCGGUGCCGCCCGAUGCUGCGGCACAGCAUUGCAGAGGAUGUUCCGGACGGACGGCGCGGCCUGGUCUGGCGCGGCUACUGGGCCUGGCUAUUCAUGGCUUCCGGCUUCUGCGUGGACUGGAUCACCAUCACCAUGAUGUUCAUUGCGUGCAAGAAGGGGCUGAGUGACUGGCUGUUCUGCACCCUCAUCUCCGGCUUUGGCCUGCCGCUGUCCUUCUUCCUGUGGCACCGCUUCCUCUACACAGCCUCCAUCACCGAUGGCGCCUGCAGGUGGGCCAUGUUCUUCCUCUUCUCAGCGCUGCAGGUGGGCCUGGCCGGCUGGACAUUUGCUGGGCCGCCGGUUGUGGGCAAGUGGGCUGCUGGCGUCUUCACCAUGAUUGACCAGUUCAAGGCCGGAGGUGGGCUGCAGAUCUUCUUCGGCAUCUGCUGCAUCAUCAACAUGGUCCUGUGGGGGCUGGCUGGCCUCCUGGGCUUUGCAGUGUGGGGCGAGGCGUAUGCGGCAUUCAGGAGCAAGCCGCCGACGCGGCCGCAGGCGGCUGAAUCAUCUCGCAGCUGGGUGCCCAGCGUUCCCUCCAUGCCCAGCAUGCCAGGCUUUGGCAAGAAGAAGAAGGACACUGCCGCUGCAUGUGGCCAUGGCCGGCAUCAAUGA